ACGGUAGUUCCACUCUACGACGUCCUAUGCAAACUCCUAUGCAAAAAAUGUAAAUAAAGGUAAAAGAAAUCCGCGCAUAAUUUGUUUAUGAACAAGACUGUGUCUGAGAACCAGAAUAAUUUUUUGUUUGUUAUUUGUAAAGUUCAACAUAUACCUCUUAAAGUGCUUUCAUCCGUAUAUAUUGCAGCUGAUAACCUCUAAUCCACUUUGUCAUACCUAUAAAAAUAAUAUGAAUCACGUUCUGCAUAUUAAUAAGACAAUUAUCUUUAAGUUUUAUAAUUGAAAUCGCAACAACGCAAGAAUACGAUGUCUAAUCCUGGUCAGUUAUUAGAUAAUGCUGUGGAGGCUGCCAAGAAAGCAGUUCAGUACGAUGAACAGGGUGAACCGAAAAUAUCGGCAUAUUACUAUGAAGCUGCUGCUCGGUUGUUGGAACAGGCAGCUAUAACCGUUGGACCAGAAAGAGGUGAUUCCUUCAGAGAAAAAGCACACGAGUACAAGAAUCGAGCUAGCGAACUUAUGAACAAGUCUCCCGUGGAGAGUAAGAUUGUGGAAAAUGACACUAGUAAUACUAAAUUGAAACAGUGUUACUUUUUGCUGCAACAGGCCAUAGACGAAGAUGAGCAGGGAGAUAAGGAAGAUGCUGUCGAACUGUAUACCAAAGCGAUCGAGUAUAUUACACAGUUUCCGGACUUGAUGCAAGGCGAUUUGAAGACUCUUACUUUGCAAGCUUUGGAUAGAGCAGAACAAUUGAAAGGCAUUCGAAAAGAGCCAACUCCUACAUCAUCAACACCAGUUUCAAAUCCUUCUACACCCACUUCACCAUCUACACCACCUAACAUAAUACAACAAAAACCAACGACUAACGUGUCACAGAAACCAAAGGAGCUCCAUAGAGGUUCCAGCGCCCAUUUGAAAGUGUCCGGCCAAGACACUUACACCGAAGAAGAGAAACUGGUCCUCCUGCAUACUUCUAAAAUCAACAGGAGGGAUUAUGUGCCUUUUAUGAAUGUGGACCUAUCAGAACGUUUUCAGUACUCCAUACCGUUUACCGAUAAAGAUGGCCCGUUGACAUUAUCACCAAAACAGAAGCGAGAUUUUCACAAGUUUGCUCGUCCCGAAGAGUUAUGCUCCGACCCGUGCAUCGUAUAUGGCACCGCUCCCAGUUACCUUAGUAUAAAGCAAACGGUUAUCUCUGAUUGUUCGUUUGUCGCUAGUCUAGCCGUGAGCGCUUCUUACGAAAAACGUUUCGGGAGAAAACUAGUCACAGCGAUUAUUUAUCCCCAGUCGAAGGACAGGAAACCCAUUUAUAAUCCUUUUGGCAAAUACAUGAUCAAGUUACAUAUCAAUGGAGUAGCGAGGAAGGUUAUUAUAGAUGAUACUCUCCCGAUUGACAGGUACGGGAGGUUGUUGUGCUCGUAUUCCGGCAAUAAGAACGAGUUUUGGAUUUCUUUGUUGGAAAAGGCAUAUAUGAAGGUUAUGGGUGGAUACGAUUUCCCUGGAAGUAACAGUAAUAUUGAUUUACACGCCUUAACAGGUUGGAUACCGGAAAGGAUUGCGAUAAGAGUAAAGGAAUCCGAUUUCAACCGAGAUUCCCUCUUCAACACUCUAGAGACCCGUCUAGCUAAAGGCGACGUCUUGGUGACCGUAGCGACGGGCGAAUUGUCCGAGAAUGACGCGGAGAGGAGUGGAUUGGUGCCGACGCAUGCUUACGCCGUGAUGGAUGUCCAGACAGUCAAAGGCGUCAGACUGUUGAAAUUGAAGAACCCGUGGUCUCAUCUCAGGUGGAGAGGGAAUUAUUCCGAGUUGGAUACGAGGCACUGGACCCCUGAAUUGCAAAAUCUGUUGAAUUAUGAUCCAAACAGUGCGGCCCAGUUCGAUAACGGGGUGUUUUGGAUAGACUACGACAGCGUUCUCAGUUUCUUCGAUGUUUUCUAUAUGAACUGGAACCCUGAGCUGUUCAAGUACACUUAUUGCAUACAUCAAUCUUGGCAUGCAGGUAGAGGACCUGCGAAGGAUCUUUACACGGUGGCUUCUAAUCCCCAAUAUUCGCUCGAUGUCGGUAGUAACACAUCGGGUGCAGUUUGGUUGCUUCUGACGAGGCACAUUACCGAUAUCGAUGAUUUCAGGGAGAAUAAAGAGUACAUUACUCUGUAUGUGUACAAAAAUGGAAAGAAGGUGUAUUAUCCAUACGAUCCGCCCCCCUUCAUCGACGGAGUGAAAAUCAACAGCCCGCACUACUUGUGCAAAAUCAUCUUGGGCCCUGGCAGCAGUAGGAGGUACACCGUCGUCGUUUCACAAUACGAGAAAUCUACGACUAUCUACUACACCCUGAGGGCUUACGCCACCUGCCCCUUUACUUUGACCAAAAUCGUGGACCCUUACACCAAGGAAAAACAGAUAACGGGGGAGUGGAAAGGUACCACGGCCGGUGGCUGUCCCAACCACCCGUCCACGUACCCCAACAAUCCUAAAUUCAAGGUGGAUAUCGAGUCGUCCUCGAAUAACAACCAGUUGCUCAUAGAACUGAAGGGUCCAAAGCAAUACCAGCUGGGUGUGGAGGCUACCAUACUGCAAGUUAAUGACGAGACUGUCACCGCUCCUUUUAGAUCCAAGUCCUCGGGAACCUACAGGUCAGGCUACGUCGUUCUGGAACUGGAGAACAUUCCUUCGGGAACGCUGAGGUUGAUUCCGUCCACUUUUCUACCGAAUCAAGAGGGGCCCUUUAUUUUGGUUGUGAAAUCUUCGGCGCCUAUCGAAAUUUCCAGCAUAUAAGACAUUAUUCUAUAUAUUUUUUAGUUACCGCUUAGCUGUGAUGGUCUAACAUGUAGACAGAGUGGAUAUAUUUUGUUGAUUAUAUAGUAUAUUUUAUCGUUAAGUUAUAUUCCGGCAUUUUAUAUAUCUAAUAUAGCUACAAGCUUUACUUCUAAAAGUGAGCACCCAUUUUACAGAACUUUGUAGAUCUUGCCUUGUAACAUUUGUUAUUAUUAAUAAUAAAUGUAUUCUUUA